AUGGUGUCCGACUUCGACGUGAAGUCGUUUCUGUCGAACAUAAAGGCGACAAAACCUCCGUAUUUGUGUCCAUACGAGAAGUGCCACAAGAUUUACAAGACUUAUGUGGGAAUGAGAUUUCAUUUACAUAAUUACGAUCACAUCAACAAUCACGCGAUGGACAACUUGGAAGAGCAGACCAAACAGUUCUUCGGCAACGCAAAGGUGAUGAAAGCGGAUCAGAGAGACGUCGAGUACGACCGCAUCAAACAGGACUACUACAAGACCUUAGAGGACGCGGAAGAGAAGGUGCACUUAGCCAAUCAGAUCUACGAAUUGGUCGACAAAUAUCUGAGACGAUUAGACCAAGAGUUGCAGAAAUUUAAGAUAGAGUUGGAGGCCGACAACAGCGGCAUCACUGAAGUACUAGAGAGGAGGUCCCUAGAGUUAGAUAACCCGCCGCCCAUUGCUGUCAAUCACGUGCGAGAGAAGCGAAAGUAUACCUUUCAUAACACCAGUAAUAAUGUCAAUGCAAACGCUUCCUACUCUUCGCCACAUCCCGAUCGACAGCACAUGACCUCUUCGUCAGAGAAAGUCCUUUCCAUUGCUCAAGAGAUAUAUCGGGGAACUGUUGCCACUCCUAACCCGUUGUCGGGCGGGUCGGGAAUGAUCACCAGUUCCAACAUCACUAGCAAUCGUCUCAAUUCAAACGCUUUCACACCACUCCUAGCGGUCGUAAACGCCAACAAUAAUAAUAGUUAUCCGAACGGCAAUAACUCG